AUGGAGCAAGCUAAAUUCUCCGUGGAAACAGCCGGCAGGCCGGCUUGCGUCACCCCGCGGGGUCUCCUUUUGUGUCCGUAGGUUAUCAUCUGCCGGGCGGCCAUCUCGUGGACCCCCAAUACGCCCCUGAGCGUAGAGGAGGUGGAGGUCGACCCCCCAAAGGCCUGUGAGGUUCGCAUUAAGGUGAUCUCCACCGGGAUCUGCGGGACAGACAAUCACGUAUUAGAGGGACAGUUCUCUUUCCCUUUCCCCAUUAUUGUGGGGCACGAAGGCGCGGGGAUCGUGGAGAGCGUCGGAGAAGGCGUGACCACGGUGAAGCCAGGCGAUAAAGUGCUCACGCUCCCUAUCCCACAGUGCAGAGAAUGCAGCUCCUGCUUGAGUCCAAAGGGGAACUUCUGCUUCAAGGAAGACUUUCUCCAGCCCACCGGCCUGAUGUUGGACGGCACGAGCCGAUUCACUUGCCGGGGCCGGAAGAUCUACCACUUCGCCGGCACGAGCACCUUCGCCGAGUACUCCGUCCUGUCCGAGAUCUCGGUGGCCAAGAUCGACUCGGCCGCUCCCCUGGAUAAAGUCUGCGUCUUCAGCUGUGGCUUCUCCACCGGCUACGGGGCUGCCAUCAACACGGCCCGGGUCACUCCGGGCUCCACGUGCGUGGUGUUCGGGCUGGGAGGGGUCGGCCUGUCCGUCGCGAUGGGCUGCAAGGCGUCCGGAGCCGCCCGGAUCAUCGGAGUGGACAUCAACGAAGGCAAGUUCGCCCGGGCCAAAGCCGUCGGCGUCACGGAUUGCCUCAACCCCCGCCACUUCAAGAAACCCAUCCAGCAGGUGGUGGUGGAAAUGACCGGCGCCGGGGCCGACUUCUCCUUCGAGGCCAUCGGGACUACCGACACCAUGAUCGCCGCGCUGGAGUCCUGCCACCUGAGUUACGGCGUGUGUGUGAUCGUGGGCGUGGCCCCGUUCAAAGCCCGGCUCGCCUUUAACCCCAUGCUGUUCUUGUCUGGACGGACCCUGAAAGGGGGCAGUCUGGGAGAGUGGAAGACCCAGGACUGCUUACCGAAACUGGUGAACGACUAUCUGCACGGAAAGAUUAACACGGACCCGUUGAUCACUCACAUCCUGCCCUUCGACAAAAUCAACAAAGCGAUGGGACUGCUUCGAGGAGGAAAGAGCGUCCGCUGUGUCCUCCUGUUUUAAGGCUCCGGAGGAUGGAAGACGUGAGGGGACUCGAGGCGGGAGCCCCUCUCUGACCGACUUCACCCCGGAUGAAGUCGAGGCUGGGCCGGACACAGAUGACGCCGGGAAGCCGGGGUCGUCCCGGGCUGACGGGAAACGGGGUGAGGGAUGAAGCGCGAGUGGAAUGAGCGAUAAUAAAGGGUCCUCUCGGGAA